AUGCAACUCAAAAUGAUUUUUAAGAUAUUAUGGCUAUUUUUUGUAGCUGCAUGUGUUCAAGCAGAUCUUCUCCACGGAAUUUUCUAUGAUUUCGAAUCUAUAAAAUGGAGCAAGCAGGGCAUCUAUGGUUUCCAAGCUCCUAUGAGUCACAGUUGGAUUGUAAGUUUGAAAUGGUGGUUGAAAUCAGAUGCAAAAGCAGGUGACACGUUUGGUUUGCAAUUGCCUUGUGUGUACGAGUUCACAGCUGUUCAGGAAUCCCUCAUUUUAAAUGUUGGAGAAACAGUUUAUGCCACUUGUAAUUUUGUCAGUGGUAGAACUACUGCUGAUUACUCAGAAUUAAAAUGUACUGUUGUAACUAGUCCUCAAUUGUUUGUUUAUGGAGUUGUGAGUUUCCCUAUAGUAUUCAAUGCAGGUGGUUCUUCUUCAGAAAUUGACACGACAUGUGCUCAAAUGUAUAGAGAAGGUUUAAAUACAAUUCACUUUUAUGAUGGGUAUCUUAUUAUCUCAACAUAUGUAAUGUUUGAAGCUACUAAAGUAGAUAUGGAGGGCUUUUACCCCAAUGUUCGGGUUGAUGAAACGGCAAAGAUUUUUCAAGCUUUCCUUUUAUCGGAUGUAUGCGAAGAUGCUUAUGAAGUUAAAUUUGAGUUCAAUAUAUUUGCUAACUCCUUCCGUUCAGUUUGUCCUAUUAAGUUUUUUUUAGCGUCAUCAGUGAAUGAUUGGGGUUACCCGAAAGAUGUAAAACAAAUAAACGACGAUGAUAUAGAAGUCGGGAAUUGUGGGGAAGGUGCAGCUGUAACACUCAGGAUCACGGACACUGACUAUACUCCAUUUAUGGAAGUAAACCUAGAAACAACUAAACCGACCAUACAAACUUCUGCAACUGGGUAUUCUUUUGCAAACACCCUCACUUGCAAAGAUGGAAGGACUAUAAAACAUUCGACCGUUUUAUCUUAUGCCCCAUACACUUCAAUAAGCGCAAGUGGCCAUGGCAGAGCCGUGGAAUUUGUCAGCACCAUAACUGAAAAAGAUAUACUGGUAACACAUCCUUCAAUUGCUACCUAUGGCCUGACUGAUGGAACACUUUCAGCUUUUGUUUUGGUUCCAAUUCCAACAAUUACCACGACAAUUACCUGGGAUAGCUCUUUUACCGAAACAGAAACUAGUACAGCAGAACCAGGAGGUACUGCUGUUGUCAAUAUUUUGGUUCCCAAUCCCCACAACAAGUAG